AUGCAUCUGGGAAAAGUUUUACUGUUCGUCCUCCUCCUCAACUGCGCAACUUUGAGCUCCUCUCUUUCAACCUGUGCCACCGUGGAUAUCGACCAUGUGAAACGGAAGAGGGUCGAGGCGAUACGAGGGCAAAUUUUGAGCAAACUCCGGCUGACGACUAUCCCGCAUUCCCUGGGACCGAGCAAGAUCCCGUAUCAGAUCCAGGCGUUGUAUAACAGCACCAAGGAGCUGCUGGAGGAGCUGAGGAGGGACCGGCAGCAGAGUUGCGGCCAGGACAACACCGAGACAGAGUACUACGCCAAGGAGAUUUACAAAUUCAACAUGGUCUACGGACCAACUGAGAACAAUGAUCUGCUCUACUGCCCAAAAGGCAUCACCUCUAAAGUUUUCCGCUUCAACGUCUCUGCCAUGGAGAGGAACUCAACAAACCUCUUCAGAGCAGAGUUUCGUGCUCUGCGGGUGCCAAACCCCAGCGCCAAGAGGAAUGAACAGCGGAUUGAGCUCUACCAGAUUGUGAGGCCUAACGAACACAUCAGGAAACAACGCUACAUCGGAGCCAAGAACGUGCUUACCAAAGGGACUUCUGAGUGGGUGUCCUUCGACGUGACUGAGACAGUGAGAGAAUGGCUGAUGAACAAAGGAAGUAAUCUGGGUUUGGAGAUCAGCGUGCACUGUCCCUGCCACACCUUUAACCCAAAUGGUGACAUCAUUGACAAAGAGAGCGAGGUACUGGAGGUGAAGUUUAAAGGCGUGGAUGGAGAUGAAGAGUACAAACGUUUGGAUCUGGAUCACCUGAACAAGAAAAAGGAUCAGUUCCGACCACACCUUAUCCUCAUGAUGAUCCCACCACACCGCCUGGAGACUCAGUCCUCACGCCGACGCAAGAGAGCGCUGGACACAGACUACUGUUUCUCAACCACCGAAGAGAGCUGCUGUGUUCGUAAGCUGCACAUCGACUUCAGACGUGACUUGGACUGGAAGUGGAUUCAUGAGCCCAGCGGUUACGAUGCCAACUACUGCUCCGGGCCCUGCCCUUACCUGAGGAGCUCAGAUACAACACACAGCUCGUUGCUGAGCCUGUACAACACUCUGAACCCAGAGGCAUCAGCCUCCCCCUGCUGUGUUCCUCAGGACCUGGAACCCCUCACUAUACUCUACUACUCUGGACGAACCCCCAAAGUGGAGCAGCUCUCCAACAUGAUCGUCAAGUCCUGCAAGUGUAGCUGAGGAAUACAAUAAGAGGCAAGGUAGAAUGGCUGGAUUUUACAAGGUACUGAUGAAACUCAUGCUCAUUGACUUUUUGGACUCUUAGCUGUGACAAAUAUGUAAACUGACCCUGUAGCCUCAUGGCUUAGAUCUGAACCACUCUGGAGGUCAUUUAUUUUAAGGAUGCAGAUUUCCUUUGAAACUUGGUCAUCUAUUUUAUUAUUAUUAUUUGUAUUUCUCUCUGUGUGUUAUUCCCCUCCCCGUCCCCGUCACUUCUGGAUGACAGGUAGUUAUUUUCAUCUAGAAAAAGUCCAACUUUGUUUUGAAAUAAAACAUGAUGUUAAAAAUAUUCUUCUAGAUUUUGAGAGGUUGAAACACACUACGAAAGAUAGAUUGUGAAGAUCUCUGUGGAAAUCUAUCAAACGGCAAAAACAUCCUGGGGAUAUUUCUGAACAAUGAAAGAGAGAGACUUACUUUGAGGUACAUGUUUUGCUUCAGAGCUCAACAAAUAUGUUAGAAAUUCACACUUGGUGAAUCGUCAGUGGAACAGCUUGUUUCUAGCAUUGGGAUGAUUUUGUCACAAAUAUCAACCAUGCUCUCCUGAAUGGGCCUUCCUGUCUGGAUUUUACCUUGAAUAUUCCUCAGACAGUGGACACUAUCUUCGAACACAAAAGGAGAGAAGGACAGAGUUGCUGCUGUAUCCAAAGCCAUAGCUGUG